CACCACCCCCCAACCAUAAACCACCACAAUGAGCACCAAACCCAAAUCCCGGUGGGCAGACGAUGACGAAGAUGCAGCACUAGACGCCCAGCGAAAAGCAGAAAAAGAAGCCAAGAAACGCGCGAAAGCUGAGAAACAGCGCAUCGCAGAGGAAGCCGCGGCGGCGCAACAGCUGAAGCAACAACAGCAAGCACAACAAGAAUUCGAGUCUCACCACUCCCCUCUUUCUUCGCGGCCUUCGAAACGGCGGAAACUGUCGCCUCCUGUGGAAGCUGAGAGACCGGAGAUACAAGAUGAUCUCCUGCCUGCGAAGUUACUGCGGUUCCCUGCGCCUGCGUGGAAGAAAUGUCGCAGUGUUGAGGAUUUUGAGAAGUUGAAUGAUAUAGAAGAGGGGGCUUAUGGAUGGGUUUCUCGGGCGAAGGAUACGGUUAUGGGAAAGGUUGUUGCGCUCAAGAGGUUGAAGAUGGAUAAUGCGAAUGAUGGGGUGCCUGUAACUGGGUUACGGGAAAUACAGACGUUGAGAGCAUGUUCGCAUCCGAAUAUUGUUGCUUUACAAGAGGUGGUUGUUGGUGAGGAUACGAGUAAGAUUGAGAAGUAAGUUGUUUUUAAUUCCAAUCUAUCCACUUUGGAUUCGAGGUCCAGACCGAGUACGAAUCCAAGUUUAUGGAACAAAAUACGGAAUACUAAUAUGAUGAGAACAGUAUCUUCCUCGUCCUCGACUUUCUGGAACACGACCUUAAAACUCUCCUCGAAACCAUGCCCGAGCCCUUCCUAACCUCUGAAGUAAAAACCCUCUUACUACAACUAACAUCCGGAGUCGCCUAUCUGCAUAGCAACUUCAUCCUACACCGGGACCUCAAAACCUCCAAUCUCCUCCUCUCCAACCGGGGCGUCUUAAAAAUCGCAGACUUUGGAAUGGCACGCUACUACUCCACACCAUCCCCAAGACUCACAACGCUCGUAGUCACCCUCUGGUACCGAUCUCCAGAACUCCUUCUAGGAACCGAAACCUACGGUCCAUCCGUAGAUAUCUGGAGUCUAGGCUGUAUAUUCGGCGAACUCCUCUCCUCAACCCCUCUACUACAAGGAACCAACGAAGUCUCCCAACUCUCCCUAAUCUUCUCCCUCUGCGGCAUCCCCUCCGAAAAAACCUGGCCCUCCUUCCGCCGCCUCCCCAACGCUCGCUCCUUAAAACUCCCCUCCACCGCCCAAUCCCCCGCAAGCCACGGCUCCGUGAUUCGCGCCAAGUUCCCCUUCCUCACCUCCACCGGCGCUGCACUCCUCACCUCGUGUCUUGCACUAAAUCCCGCAUCCAGACCUACCGCACAGGAAGUGCUAGAUCAUGAGUUCUUCAAGGAAGAUCCGAAGCCGAAGAGUACCGCUAUGUUUCCUACGUUCCCCUCGAAAGCGGGGAUGGAGAAGAGGAGACGGGGACGGACGCCUGAGGCGCCUGGGAGGGGGAAGGCGAGGGAGCUUGGGGAGGUGGAUUUUAGUGGGGUUUUUGGGGGGGAGAGGAGUGAGGAGAGGGGUGGGGGAUUUGCGUUGAAGUUGAUUUGA